AGCAGCGCACCGGGAACCGGGAUCUGUACCACACUUAACGCGGCAGCAAAAUAAUAAUCACAACCGACCAGGAGCGCAGAGGCAUGGAGCUGUGAGGGCUGCGGGCGGACCGGGACCGGGACCUGCUCCCCCCCCCCCAAACACCACCGUUUACUUCAGUUUAUUUACCGCGUCUGAGAGGUUUCCUCCCUCCUUACCUUCCCUCCUUACCUCCUCCCUCCCUCCCAACACCUUAAACAUGGAGCCUACGCGCUGCUGCCUGGCGGCACUUCUCAUCCUCCUGUGUCAACAAGCUGGAGGAUACUCCUACAGGAAUCAACGCAAGUUCUCAGAGGACAUCGACUGGUCGUACGCGGGAACCCUGAACCAGGACAACUGGGCCAAGAAGUUCCCGUCCUGCAGCAACGCCAAGCAGUCGCCCAUCGACAUCCAGGAGGACCUGGCGCCGGCCAAGCUGCAGUACCAGGACCUGACCUUCGAGGGCUGGGAGAGUCCCACGAGCGGCAGGACCACCAUCAAGAACGACGGCAAGACCGUGGCGGUCGACGUGGACGGAGAGUUCUAUGUGAGCGGCGGCGGCCUGAGGUCAAAGUUCAAGGUGGGACGCAUCACCUUCCACUGGGGGCGCUGCAACGCGUCGUCAGAGGGCUCCGAACACAGUCUGGAUGGAGUCAAGUACCCUCUGGAGAUGCAGAUCUACAGCUACGAGGAGCAUCGCUUCGCCUCCUUGGACGAGGCGGUGACGGCCGGAGGGAAGAUCACGGCGCUGGCCGUGCUGCUCGAGACGAGCGUGGACGACAACGUGAACUUCGCCGCCGUCAUCGACGGCGUGAGGAGCGUGAGCCGAUACGGUAAGAGCGCCGCGGUCCCGCCCUUCGCGCCGCGAGGCCUCCUGCCCAACGCCACGGACCGAUACUUCAUCUACAACGGCUCGCUGACCUCGCCGCCCUGCAGCGAGACCGUCGAGUGGAUCGUCUUCAAGAGCGCGGCGACCGUGUCCGACCAACAGCUGGAGCUGUUCUGCGAGGUGAUGACGAUGCAGCAGGCCGGCUACGUGAUGCUGAUGGACUACCUGCAGAACAACUACCGCGAGCAGCAGCCCUUCAUGGGCCAGGUGUUCUCCUCCUACACCGGCACCGAGCAGCUGCUCACGCCCGUGUGCAGCUCUGAGCCGGAGAACCUGCAGGCGGUUCCUCACAACCGCAGCAGCCUGCUGGUGACGUGGGAGCGGCCGCGGGCGGUGUACGCCGCCAGCAUCGAGAAGUACUCCGUCACCUACCGACCGGCCCACCUGGAGAGCUCCGCCUCCUCUACGUACCUGACAGACGGGGACCAGGACGUGGGGGCGAUGCUCGACGACCUGCUGGCCAACAGCAGCUACGCGGUGCAGGUGGUGGCAGUGUGCACCGACGGCCUGCGGGGGCAGCGCAGCGGCCUGCUGGAGGUCCACAUGCCGGCACGCGACCCCGAAAUUGAUGUGAAUCCUGAUGAAUACGAAGACGAGGGUACCUAUGAACCCGACCCGUUCUGGGCCCAUCCGGUCCAGACUGAGGACGACGGUCUCUCCUGGACCCCCACCGACCCCCCGAGGUCCUCCGGGCCUCUGGUUCCUCCGCUCGGCGCCGGGACCCCGACGGAGGAACCCGGUCUGAGGAGAACCUCCACGGCCGACCCGGUUCCCCCUGUCGGACCCUCCCGGUCCGGCCACGCCGAAGAGGCGGGGCCCCGCAGUACCGCCACGCGUCCACCGGGCGCCGCGGCACAAACCACGGGAGGAGCCGAGUUCAGUGGCCACGCCCCUUUUCUCUCCACGACCGGGGGAGCCCCGACGGAACUCGGAGGUUUGAUUCCGACAGAGAAAACAAACGCUGUGGCUCCUCCCACUGCUCAGGCUCCUCCCACUUCUCCCACACUCGCCAGCGUGGAGACGAAAGGUAAAAGUCUUUCUUCCAGCGGCGCGACGACAACGCCGUCGCCGUUCUUCGUGGACGAGGACGACGCCGCCUCCGGCGUGGGCGUGUCCCCGGGUCCCGGAGGUCUCCAGACCGCCGCCUCCCCCCCGGCUGAAGCCCCUCCUCCUCGCUCGCCGUCCACCACGACCUCCGUCCGGUCGGGUGGCGUUCUCUCGCUGACCACGCAGCCGAUGUCCAACGCCACGCCGCCGACCGGCGGCGGGGAUCCCGGGAACUCCACCGCCGCGCUCCGAAGCUCCGCCCUCCCUCCCCCGGCCACGGACGCCAGCGGCGUCGCCUCGGGCUCCGCCCUGUUCCCCGUGGAUCCGGACUGGGACGCCGUUCAGGCCUCGGCCUCCGGAGAGAGCGCGCCGCUCCCUCAUUGGACCGAGGCCUCGAGCUCCGCCUCCGGCGCGUCCCCCGACGACGCGGACGGCCGCUCCUCGGCGUUCUACUUCGAUAGCGAGAGCGGCAGCGCCGCCGCCGCCUCGGAGGCGGGAGGCGUGACGCCGGCGGCGGCCGCUCCUCCUCCUGUGGCGCCGGCGACGUGGGCUCCGCCCGGCGAGGAAGAGGAGCAGGAGGAGGAGCAGAGCGGCUCGGGGCAGCGGGGCGACAUCGAGACGUCCUCCGACUUCAGUAUCUCCGAGCACACGGAAAGAGGGUCGGAGGGGGAGGAGCCUGUCGCAGACGCCAACAGCAGCAGCCACGAGUCCAGAGUCGGGGCCCUCGGGGGCCGGAGGGCCGUGGUCCCGCUGGCCGUCAUCUCCACGCUCACCGGCCUCGGCCUGCUGGUCCUCAUCGGCAUCCUGGUCUACUGGAGGACCUGUUUUCAGACGGCUCACUUCUACAUCGACGACAACUCGUCACCGAGAGUCAUCGCCGCACCGCCUUCUGGAUUGACACCUGACGCACACACGUCUUUCCCCGUGAAGCAGUUUGUGGAACACGUGGCCGAACUCCACGACACCAACGGCUUCCAACGAGAGUUUGAGAUACUGAAGGAGAGUUACGAGGAGGUUCAGGCGUGCACGGUGGACAUGACGACCGACGGCUCCAACCACCCCGACAACCAAAGUAAAAACCGAUACAGCAACAUCCUGGCCUACGACCACAGUCGAGUGCGACUCUCGGCGCCGGCGGACAAAGACGGGAAGACGGGCGACUACAUCAACGCCAACUACGUGGACGGUUUUAAGAAGCCGCGGUCGUACAUCGCCGCUCAGGGGCCCCUGAAGUCGAGCACCGAGGACUUCUGGCGGAUGAUCUGGGAGCAAAACGUCGGCGUCAUCGUGAUGAUCACCAACCUGGUGGAGAAGGGGCGGAGGAAGUGCGACCAGUACUGGCCGGCGGAGGCGCAGGAGGAGUACGGCGGCCUCCUGGUGACGCUGAGGAGCAGCAGGGCGCUCGCCCACUACACCCAGAGGACCUUCGGCCUGAGGAACGUCCUCGCCAAGAAGGCCUCCCAGAAGGGGCGGAGCCUGGAGCGGACGGUGACCCAGUACCAGUUCACCCAGUGGCCCGACAUGGGCGUGCCGGAGUUCACCCUGCCGCUGCUGAGCUUCGUCCGCAAGUCGUCCAGAGCCCGGACCGAGGACCAGGGCCCCGUGGUGGUGCACUGCAGCGCCGGCGUGGGCCGGACCGGGACGUACGUGGUUCUGGACAGCAUGCUGACGCAGAUGAGGGACGAAGGCCACGUCAACAUCACGGGCUUCCUGAAGCACAUCCGCACGCAGAGGAACGACCUGGUCCAGACCGAGGAACAGUACGUGUUCAUUCACGACGCCUUGGCGGAGGCCGUCGCGUCCGGGGACACGGAGGUGGCGGCGGCCCGGCUGCACCGCUACGUGGACGAGCUGCUGACCCCGGUGGCUGCUGGGAGGACGCGGCUGGACCAGCAGUUCACGCUGCUCUGUGACUCCGGAGUGAAGCGCUGCGACUUCUCUGCAGCUCUGCAGGACGGCAACCGCGGCAAGAACAGGAAGUGCUCCGCGGUGCCCGUCGAGAGGUCACGUGUGCGCUUGUCUCUGGCGGCGGGGGAAACGUCCGACUACAUCAACGCAUCAUACGUAUCCGGUUACAGGCAGAGCAGCGAGUUCAUCAUUACCCAGAAUCCUUUGCCCGGCACCUUUAAGGACUUCUGGAGGAUGCUUUGGAGCCACAGCGCCCAAGUGGUGGUGUCGCUGGUGGGGACGCCGUCGGCCGAGACGCCCGAAGAGGAGGCGAAGGAGGCGGAGCUACGUGUCAUCUGGCCACGUAAAGGGCAGCCAAUCAGCUACGAGACGUUCACCGUCACUCAGAGGAGCGAGACCCACAUCUGCCUGACCAACGAGGACAUGCUGGUGGUCCAGGACUACGUACUGGAGGCGACGAAGGACGACUUUGCCCUGGAGGUGAAGCGGUACCGGGCCCCCCGCUGGCCCAACCCGGACGGCCCGGUCAGCAACACCUUCGAGCUGCUCAACCUGGUGAAGGAGAGCGCCGCCAGGGACGGCCCCGUCGUGGUGCACGACGAUGUGGGAGGAGCCACGGCGGCAACGUUCUGCGCCCUGUCGUCUCUGACGCGCCAGCUGGAGGCCGAAGGCUCGGUGGACGUCUUCCAGGUGGCCAAGCUGACGAACCUCAUGAGACCGGGAGCCUUCAGCGACAUUGAGCAGUACCGAUUCCUGUACACCGCCAUGCUGAGUCUCAUCGGGAAACAGGAAGAUAAGAAGACCCUCGAGUCCUCAGACGACGACAGUACCUUCGUUGUGGUGGGAACCGCCAGCGCUGCUGCAGAGAGCCUGGCGUCCCUGGUGUAACCCCCCAAAAACAAACAAAAAACCCCAAACUUGUUCAACUUUUACAAAUGAGAACAGCAUUUCGACCCUCCCGUCACCAACGGAGCUCCCGAUGCCCGACUCCGUCGUACCCCUCGGCGCUCCGGGGGACUCGGGGACCGACCGGGUCUCUCCUCCGGUGGAUCUGGACUUCCUGUGGUUUUUGUAAUUUGUGCCUUUUUGUAUUUUUCAUUCUGUACUUCUAACUUUGAUACGAGCUGUAGACUAACCGUCCGCUGUUUUUAACGCCGUACCGCUCCGCUUAACCAACUCGUCCUAAACCUUUUGUAUUUAUUGGCACUGAGCCAAAUGGGGCGAGAGAAAAAGAAAAAAACCUUUUUACAUCAAAUGCUAUCUUGUGCUCGCGUGUCUUUUAUAGAGCUCCUGCACUGAACUCCUUUCUGUAAAUACCAUCGCUACGGUAACAGCAGUCGAAUAUGAAAUAAGGGCCUGGAAUAAUACAAAAAAUAAUAAUAAUCUAAUGUAAAUAAUAUUAUAGUAAUCAACUUGAUGGACCAAAUUUCUAUUUAUACUUUUAGAUUUUUUUUAAAUAUUUUACCAUUUUUUUUAGUGCAUUUGAAUGUUUUGGUUUAAUCCUAAUCGCUUAGUUGGAGAACAUUAAUGCUUUUAUAUUCUGGAUUUUGUAACAGACUAAAUGUGAUGCAUGGGGUACUUACAUGUUUGUUUUUUAGCUGGACAUGAAACACUGCUGGAUUAUUAGCUAGAGGAUUAAAUAAGUGGAAGAACACCAAAGAAGGA